AUGGUGAUGGACUUCAGAAGGAAGGGGACAGUCCUGGGGAUCUUCUACCAGUCUGUGGUGGCCAGCACCUUGGUCUCCUCUGUGGUCUGCUGGGAAAGCAGCAUUGCUGUCAGACUGAAGAAGCUGAUCAGGAAGGCAGGGGGCGGGUCAGACGGCAGCAGGUUGUUCCGCUGCCGCUGGGAGGCCGCAUUCUCCUGGAGCGCAGAGGAGAUGGAGCUGCAGCUGCUGGUUGCUCUGCUGCUGCUGCUGCCGUCCUGCGGCGGACAGUCUUCCCAGCACUGCCACGGGCAGCCCUGCCCCCAGUACCAGGUCCUGGAGGCCAACAAGGACUUCGAGGUGCGACAGUACCCCCCCAACGACUGGCUCUCCACUGAAGUGGAGGGCUCAGAUUUAGCUGCAUUCCUGGCAGCGAGGUCCAGGCUGAAGGAUUUCUGUGAGAAAUCUAAAAAAGCAGGCCAGCCGUGCCCAGACGCCUGGCCCGCCAUCAUCACCGUUUCUAAAGAGGGACAGGAUGAGGAAGUGACCUUGUCCUGGUUUCUUCCUCCUGAAACAAAGCUUCAGACCUUCGACACUUCGGUCUCCCUGCAGCACAGAGACGCAGCCAUCCUCUUCGUCAGCUCCUUUGAUGGUUUUCCGGGCCUCAGCGGCGCCCAGGACCAUGUGGACAUCCUGAAGAAGUCCGUGGCCAAGGCGGGGAGGAAAUUUAAGCCCCACACUUUUACUGGAGCAGGUUACGACACUUAUUUAGCUUCCAGUCACUACAAUGAGGUCUGGGUGUAUGCUGCCUGACAACAGAUGAUGUCAUCUGCUGACAGCGUCAUGUGACGAUGGUUCAGGCUUAUCUUCCUCAUUCUUUUGUUUAUUAAAACCAUUAAAAGUUCUUUUAAAAACUUCCUGAACAAACCAGAGUCACUCCUUAGAAAGGCUCACAGCCAGAAAUGGUUUUUUUACAUCAGCUUUACCUGUUUUUACCUGAUCCAAUGUAUUUUAACUGCUGUGUCUUUGAAUUCAUGUAAAUGCAAUAAAUAGAGAAUACGAGUAACUGACAUAAA